AUGGCCACUCCGGCAGCUUCAACUGCUUCCGCGCCCGCAGAUGCUGCUACCAAGGACAUUGUCCCGACAGCGGCAGAAGGGCAAAUAAUAGGUUCUACUGAUAAUACUGAGGUAUCGCCAGAGCAAAAAAAGCCGGCUCGUCCUUCAACUAUAUUGCAUAGAAAAGUCAGCAGCAAACGCCUCGUUGGGCGUUUGCCGAUUUCACCAUCUCCCGGGAGCUCUGCUUCUCAAUCCCGUGUUUCUCUAGUAGCGAAUCAAUUACUGCAGGAUAGUCUGCAGGAAGGAGUUCAAUCAUCGCGAACAACAGAAAAUGAAGAUUCGCAAACAGAUCAGCCCACCAAUACACAGGGUGCUGCGGGGCGGCACCACCGUCUGUCUGCCGCAGGGGCAGCUUUUUCGGGGUUGAUGGAACAGUUGAGAGACUGGGCCCACACAGAAAGAGCGAGACAGAAAACUCGUCGUGAGAAGAAAGCCGCCAAGAUUAUUGAACGCCGCACAUCGCAGAAAGCAGGAAAAAGCUCCGAUGCAGCUGGCAAGGAUAACGAAGAACAUGAUGAUACCAUAUCACCUAUUUCGAGUGGUGAUGAAGCUGGUAAGACAGCUUUGGACGCGUUUGAUGCGAUUUUAGCUGCUGCUGAGUCUUCCAAUUCGGGAAGACCAACUGUCCAGUUUAAACAAUCUAAACGGAAAUCCAGCAAAGCUAGAUCUCUCAAGGGAGGGCAUACUUCGGACACCGAUUAUGCUUCUGAUGGUGAGCCGGUGGUUCCUGCAUGUGAAGUGAUCUUGCCAUUGGUGGAGGAGUUGGGAGUGGAUGAGUUUAAAAACCAGGUUUUGAGAAUGGCCCAUACCCUUAGAUGCAAGGGAUGGAGGAGAGUUUCCCUGGACAGAUAUAAAGAAAUAAGCGUAGAGAGGAUCAGUGGGGCAUUGACUAAUGCUGUUUUCAUGGUCUCUCCACCCAGCGAACUUCCGCCUAUAGUGACAGGUCAGGACCACCAGGGCAGUAUAAUCUCUUCUGCGUCAAUGAAGUUGCCAGCAAAACUUCUACUCCGAAUUUACGGUCCUCAAGCUUCGCAUCUCAUCGACCGUGAUAGUGAACUCUCAAUUCUUCGUCGCCUGGCCCGCAAACGCAUUGGUCCACGCCUCCUUGGAACUUUUGAAAAUGGUCGAUUUGAAGAGUUCUUUCCAUCACGCACACUCACUCGGGACGAUAUAAGGAAUCCAGAAACUUCUAGACAUAUUGCAAAGAGAUUGAAGGAGCUACACGAAGGAAUUGAAUUGGAAGCAAAAGAGAUAGAGAGAGGCCCUAUUGUUUGGUCUAACUGGGACAAAUGGGUUCCAAGAGUUAGAGGAAUCAUGACAAAAAUUGGGGCCAGUGACAGGAAAGGGGGGCCGAUUGCUGGAACUGAGUGGGAGAAGUUCGAAACCGCUGUCCUGAAGUAUCGUCAAUGGCUUGAAGAGCGUUAUGGAGGGCCGGAGGGUGUAAAGAGACAGUUGGUUUUUGCGCAUAAUGAUACACAAUAUGGUAACAUCCUGAGGUUGCAAGCGGGUGGGAAGAGUCCUCUUCUUCUUCCCAUGAAUGAGCAUAAGCAAUUGGUCGUCAUUGACUUUGAGUAUGCCAACGCUAAUCUCCCAGGAUUUGAGUUUGCAAACCAUUUCUGCGAGUGGAUGUCAAACUAUCACGGCCCCGACCCACCUCACAUGAUAAAGGAAAAUGACUACCCCAACCUUGAACAACAGCGCAACUUCAUCCGUGCUUAUGUCGAACAUCGCCUUGUGGGGGCGUAUAGCACUAAAACACCACCUGCUAGUAAUCCAGACCUCGUAAAUUUGGAUGUGCGGGGUGUUCCCUCGUUCAACUUAGAUGCUCGUGCUCCUGCGAUGCAUUACAAAGAGGAAGAAGCUGCUCGCCAGCGCGCAGUAGAGAAGGAGGUCGAUAGACUUGUUGAGGAGACUUUAGUUUGGCGUUCUGCGACUCAUGCAAUGUGGUGUGCCUGGGGUAUUAUACAAGCUAAACUAAACCCCACAGGGACUGAGCAAGAAGAACAUCUCAAGAAGAACGAUCCUGAUUACAAGGAAAGCACACUUUCUGAAGAAGCGACGAACGCAGCCAAAGAUAUGGAGGAUAGGAGAAGUGAAGAUGAAGACGAGUUCGAUUAUCUUUACUAUUCCCAGCAAAGAGCUCUACUAUUCUGGGGGGACAUGCUGAAAUUUGGCAUCGUCAAGCCUGAAGAGGUGGAUGGGUUUGUCCUCAAUAACUUGAAAAAAGUUGAGUAUUGA